AUGACCCUCUUCCUUUCAGCGGUGCUGCCGGUCCCGAUGCGACUCGCGCCGCUUCUGCUAGGAACCCUGCUGCUCCUGGCGGCGGCAGCCCGUGCGAACACUGCGGACGCGCCGUACCGGAUUUCCACACGCGUCUUUCCGGAGUGCUCCGCUUACGCCGACCAAUUCCCCUACAUGCAGACAACCAUCGACUGCAUUGUCAAGAGCCUCUGCGUUACGCGCAAGCACUGCUGCAAGAAUGUGCACGAGACGGACCUCAGCAGAUGCCUUGACAUAACUGCCUUUUCCUGCGACACCGCGGCGGUGUGCGCCAAUCACACGGCGGCGUCCCCUAGCAGCAGCUCCAGCACGAGCCCAUGGUUUCCGGAGACGCAGGAUGGGGGUGCGUCGCUGACGUGCUGCCACGCAGCCGCGGCCACAACAGAGGCCCCUGCCGUACCGCCCCUCGACGACGGGAGCUCGGGGGAGGUGAGUCACAACUCUGGCUUGCAGCCGGAAUUGACGUGCGAUGACACGACCUCGAUCGCAUGCAUGGUGAUGCCGAUGCUCUCGCCGACCAUCCGCGCCUUCUGCCAGAAUGACCUCCUGAACAUGUAUACGGACGCGUAUCUUUACGAUAACGUGCCGCGCAUGUGCUGCCAGCACCUGGCCACCGGCCCUCUCAACAGUAGCAGUGCUGAGCCCUCGAAUACUGGAAAGGUAGCGUGCGGCCUGAAAUUGCUGGAUCUGCCUCGCACGGGCGAGUACCACUGCUCCCUUGACAUGCGCAACACGGCAAGUAUCUGCUGCAAUGGGCGUAUUGAAUACGAUGUGAACAGCAGCAGCCGCGACGCUGCAAGCGCUGCGUUGUCGGGCGAAAACCUUGUCUUCACUUACAUCAGCAGCAAGUGCCUCUUCCGCCCCGAGACGAACGGCAACAGCGUCUCAUCGCCGGCGAUGUCGGUGGCUUGGCUGCUGACGGUGGCCGCGCUGUCGGUGAUGGCCAUGCACCUGUGCAUGUAG